CCCCUGUUGGGCCACAGGAAGGGGUAAAUCCUGUGAGGUCACCGAGCCCUGGAUAAAAGGGUGUAGAGGUGAGUGGCAGAGCAUUCGUUCACCAGUCUCCUGAGGACCCCAGACAUGAAGCUCCUCUUUUCCGCCCUGCUGUCCCUCGGGGUUCUUGGACUAUGUCUGGCUGCCCCUAGGAGAAGCGUUCGUUGGUGUACCAUAUCACAACCAGAGGCAACAAAAUGCUCCAAAUUCCAACAGAAUAUGAAAAAAGUGCAUGGCCCCUCUGUCUCCUGUGUUAAGAAAACCUCCUACAUUGAAUGUAUCCAGGCUAUUGCGGCAAACAAGGCAGAUGCUGUGACCCUUGACGGUGGUUGGGUGUUUGAAGCAGGCCUGGCCCCCUACAACCUUCGACCUGUGGUGGCAGAGGUCUACGGGACUGAAGCAGAGCCACAAAGCCACUAUUAUGCUGUGGCCAUAGCGAAGAAAGGCACCAAGUUUCAGCUGAACCAACUGCAAGGCGUGAGGUCCUGCCACACUGGUCUCGGCAGGUCCGCUGGGUGGAAUGUCCCUAUCGGGAUACUUCGUCCAUUCUUGAACUGGACAGGGCCACCUGAGUCCCUUGAGAAUGCUGUGGCCAAAUUCUUCUCUGCCAGCUGUGUUCCCUGCGCUGAUGGAAACCAGUUCCCCAGCCUGUGUGAGCUGUGUAAGGGCACAGGAGCAAGUAAAUGUGCCUGCUCCUCCCAGGAACCUUACUUUGGCUACUCAGGUGCCUUCAAGUGCCUGGAAGAGGGCGCUGGAGACGUGGCUUUUGUCAGGAACAGCACAGUGUUUGAGAACCUGCCAAACAAAGCUGACAGGGACCAGUAUGAGCUGCUCUGCUUAGACAAUACUCGGAAGCCAGUGGAUGAAUAUGACACGUGCAACCUGGCCCGGGUUCCCUCUCAUGCUGUUGUGGCCCGAAGUGUGAAUGGCAAGGAGGACUUGAUCUGGGGUCUUCUCCGCAAGGCACAGGAAAAAUUCGGAAAAAACAAGUCACCAGGUUUCCAGCUCUUCGGCUCCCCUUCCGGACAAAAGGACCUGCUGUUCAAAGACUCCGCCCUUGGGUUUCUGAGGAUCCCCUCGAAGAUAGAUUCUGGACUGUACCUGGGCUUCAACUACCUCACCGCCACCGCGGGCCUGAGGGAAACGGCGGAGGAGGUGGCGGCGCGGCGCGCUCGGGUCGUGUGGUGCGCGGUGGGCCCCGAGGAGCGGCGCAAGUGCGAUCAGUGGAGCAGCGCGAGCAACGGGAAAGUGACCUGCGCCUCGGCCGCCACCGCGGACGACUGCAUUGCCCUGGCGCUGAAAGGAGAAGCUGAUGCCAUGAGCUUGGACGGAGGAUUAAUCUAUGUUGCGGGCAAAUGUGGUUUGUUGCCUGUCCUGGCAGAGAACCAAAAAUCCCAAAAAGGCGACGAUUCAGCUUGUGUGGAUAGACCAAUGGAAGGCUAUCUUGCUGUGGCAGUUGUCAGGAAGUCAGAUGCCGACAUCACCUGGAAUUCUCUGAGAGGCAGGAAGUCCUGCCACACUGCCCUGGGCAGGACUGCAGGCUGGAACAUCCCCAUGGGUCUGCUCUUCAACCAGACAGGCUCCUGCAAAUUUGAUGAAUACUUUAAGCAAAGCUGUGCCCCUGGGUCUGACCCUAAGUCCAGUCUCUGCGCACUGUGUAUUGGCAACGAGGCAGGCGAGGACAAGUGCGCGCCCAACAGCAAUGAGAGGUACUUCGGCUACACUGGGGCUUUCAGGUGCCUGGCCGAGAGGGCUGGAGACGUUGCAUUCGUGAAGGAUGUCACUGUCUUGGAGAACACUGAUGGGAAGAACCCUGAAGUGUGGGCGAAGGAUUUGAAGCUGGACGAAUUUGAGCUGCUGUGCCUCGAUGGCACCAGGAAGCCUGUGGCCGAGGCUGAGAGCUGCCACCUGGCCAAGGCCCCAAACCACGGUGUGGUCACUCGGCAAGACAAGACAAAAUACCUGGAAGAGGUGCUGUUUGACCAGCAGGCUCAGUUUGGAAGAAAUGGAUCCAAGUGCCCGAGCAAAUUUUGCUUGUUCCAGUCUGAAACCAAAAACCUUCUGUUCAAUGACAACACUGAGUGUCUGGCCAGACUCCAUGGCAAAACAACAUAUGAAAAAUAUUUGGGAUCAGCCUAUGUCUCAGCCAUUGCUAACCUGAAAAAAUGCUCAACCUCCCCGCUUCUGGAAGCCUGUGCCUUCCUGCAGAGGUGAAGCCCGAGAAGCCCAGAAGCUGGCCCAGCCUCCCGGGGGGAGCCUCAGCUGCUCCCCGCUCCCAGCCCCAUCCCCAGGAGAGCUGGGGCUUCCCUUUCCUGAGCAGAAGUGCUUUGUCAGUCUCCUGUCUCCACACUUCCUGCUGUCAUCUUAGCAAGAAAUAAAACUAGAAAUGCUGUUGAUUUUCAUUC